GGGGGAGCCUCUGAGGGGCCCCUCAUGGCGUUUGAUUCACUGAGAAAACAACAAGGAAAUAAAGCCAGAAUAGCGCCAGAACAAGGAGGAGAAUUUUUUUCAAACUAACUUCAAAGGGAAGAUCGGGUGGGGGAGAGCCUCUGAGGGCCCCCCCCACGGCGGGGGCCCCAAGACAACGGCCUCCCCCUGCCUAAUUGUAGUUACGCCCCUGGAAAAAAGAAUCUUAAACAAAAACUGAACAUGUAUAUUUCUGCACAUUUCAAGACAGCAGGAAUGGCAUCCAGUAACAGAAAAACUACCUCAAGCACAUCCCUGCGGAAGAAAACUGCAUUGAAACAUGAGUUGUCCGAAGAGCAAAAGCAGGAAGUUAGAGAAGCUUUUGAUUUGUUUGAUACAGAUGGGUCUGGAAGCAUUGAUAUCAAAGAACUAAAGGUUGCCAUGCGUGCUCUUGGCUUUGAGCCGAAGAAAGAAGAAAUUAGAAAAAUGAUUGCAGAUAUCGGCAAAGAGGGAAGCAACUUCAUAGACUUUGAAGAUUUUUUGACUAUGAUGACCCAAAAAAUGAGUGAAAAAGAUAGCAAAGAAGAAGUUCUGAAGGCUUUCCGGUUGUUUGAUGAUGAUGGGACAGGCAAGAUUUCCUUUAAAAAUCUAAAGAGGGUUGCCAAGGAACUUGGAGAAAACUUAACAGAUGAAGAACUGCAGGAAAUGAUAGAUGAAGCUGAUCGUGAUGGAGAUGGAGAAAUAAAUGAGCAGGAAUUUUUGAGAAUCAUGAAAAAGACCAGUCUGUAUUAGUGACUCUCUUUUAAAAGUGACCUGCACAAACUUCAACUUUUUCAAUGUAUGAAAAAUGACACUACAUUUGUCUGUUUUCAAAUUAGUAAUUCAGAAUUAUUUCUAGGGAAACAGGUUGUUUUUUUAGGUAUUAUUUAGUGAAAUAAAAUAAGUGUAAGAUCAGGAAUAACAUGGACUUGCCCUCCUUGCUUGAGCAUCUUGGUCAUGCAGAACAUAUGCAUACCCCAUACACUUUGUGGUUCUUUGAUUCUUUAUUUGUAAAUGGAAGGCGAUGCAACAAUCUCUUGAGCUUUGUGGAAAUGGAAAUUGACCACAGGAGGUUGCCAGUUUUGAGUGGAAGACUAGCAGUUAGAGAAGAGGAACUCCUUUACCCAUUCUACUCAAAAAGCAAAGCAAAGCGAAAUGUCAGGAAACUGUUUACAUGCAUCUCUCACAUAGCAUCUAGUUUGGCCUUUCUGUCAGAAUUCAAGCAGUCUCAGAUUCUUGUAUUCAGACAAAACACAGCAGUGUGAGCUAGCAAAUAUGUUCUAUGGCUGUAGCAUUUGAGUGUUUACUGUAAUUUAAUUUGGAUAAAAACUUGUACCAAAACUUGCAA